CCGACGUUGUUGACAUUUGACUUUGACUACUAAGUACUAAUUUAUUUUGUAAUUUUUUGACAAAAAGAAGGCGAUACUAAUUUAUAAUUUUACAAUAGUAUUUUUUAAACUAUUGAUAUUUUAUGUGUAAUUUUAUUAUCUAAGAUUAUGCAAAUAAUUACACUUUGUUUUAAAAUAUAUUGAUUUAUUUUCAUAAAAAAAUAUCUGUUUCAAAAUCUUCAAAAUGAACGAACAAAAAGAAAAGAAAAUAUUGUUCAACAAAUCAACAUUACUAAGCUUAAAAGCAGAAUUGCUCAAAAAACAAGAAGAAGUACAAGAAAAAAAACAUCUACCCCAGCACAAUUUAGAGAAUUUUAGACCUUCACAUUCUGAAAAGAAAAAGAAUAAAACUGAUGGAAAUAACCCAAUAAAAAAAAGUUUAAAAGACAAUUUGAGAGCUGUAGAUGCUGAAGAAUUUGAGGCUUGUCGAAGGUCAAAAUCUGUAUUGGAAAAGAAAGCUAAAUUAUAUAAGCAUUUAACUGAAGGUGAAGGUAACUCGCAACUAGCUGGCAAUUUUUUGGUAGACUUCAAGGGGAAGAAACAAGAAGUUCUAUCAAAACCUGAAUCCAAGUCUGACGAAUUAGAAGAAAUACUUCCAUUUGAAGAUGAUGAAAGUGAAUGGACAGAAUUUACCGAUUUCCUCGGUAGAACACGAAAAUGUCUUAAAUCUGAUUUGGAUCAUUAUAGAAAGAGAGAUGAGGAACUCAUGAAGGCAAUGUCUAUUGCUACUAAGGAGGAAGAAUCAGAUAAAGUGGUAGAAACUCCACAACAGCCAGAAAAACCAUUUUUAGUACAAAAGACGAAUGACUACCUACAAUCAUUGCGGGAUAAAUGGGAACAACAAGAGAGAGAGCUGUUAGCCAAGGAAAAAGAUAUCCAUUACCAAGAUAUACUUUUUGAUGAGGCAAGAAUUCAUGGUGUUGGUUAUUACGCGUUUAGUACUGACGAAACAGAGCGUCGUAAGCAAAUGGAAGAGCUUGUAAAGCGAAGGCAGGAAACCUUGCGGGCCCAAGAGCAGGCAGAGGAGAUACGAAAAAAACGGGACGAGCUAAUAGCUGCUCGGGUUGCAGCUGCGCGGGCACGACAGAGAGCUAGAGCUGGCUUACCACCAGAAGAUCCUGAAGAAAAGAAAAAAGAUUUUACUACAUGUUUAUUGGAGUUUCUUACGAAACAAAAAACUGAAGCUGAUAAGAAAGCUAAAGAAGAAGAAGAAAAGAAGAAGGAAGAAAAAGAGAAAGAAAGGCAAAAGUUUCGUGAAGCUUAUAUACGGGAAUGGGAUGUUGGAAAAGAAGGUGCUGACAGAAAAGUAAAAAAGUUUAGAGAAAUGACACAGGAAGAAUAUGUUGAACAACAAAGGUCAAAGCGAAAUGAUGAGUUUGCCCCUCCACAAACAGCAAACGUUAGUAAAUCGAAGUAUAGUUUUGACACACGAGGCAACAGAACGAAAUCAGACUCUACCGAGAAUAAUAAAAAUAAAUCUUGGUCAGAUGUAAGGCCAGUAAAUAUACCUCCACCUCCAAUUAUUGGUGACAUAAGUGAAGCACAAAAGGGACUGUAUUUUUCAACUAAAAAAGACGAAAUAGUUGUCAAAUACAAAAAUUUCGUACGAGCUGAAGAUCCUACUCCAAUAAACAAUGAAUUAUGUGAUGAAGAAGAUUUUGGUAUGGAAAGAACUAAACCUGAAAAAAGAAAAUGUAACUCAGGUGGUGUCGAAGUAGAACCACCUCCCACAUAUGAAUACUAUGGUCCUACUUCAAAACAAACCAGAUCAGAAAAACCUUUUACGUCCGAUUUAAGAGAAGCAAUGGCACAAGGAUCUAAAAGUUUAGAACCCAAAGAGAGUACUAGGCAGUUACCAAAAUGUUACGACUUUACUUUUGAAUGACCAUAAAUAAUAUAUAACAUGACUUAGGUUAAAUAAAAAGACAAAAGAAAUAACUUUGCA